AUGCCCCAGAAGAUCCUUAACGCGACGAGUGAGAGUUAUCGAGCACUUCGUACGCGCUAUAAGUCUCUGCAGGAAGAUCUAGACCAUUUUUGGCAGCUUUGGCAGAAUGACUAUCUUGAUGCCUUAGCGCAGAGAGAGGUCGUACGCUCGAAUGAUCAGUCUAGCAGGAAACCACCCCAAGUAGGAGAAGUAGUGCUCAUCAGACAGGACGCGCAUCGAUCAACUUGGCCACUAGCAUUCAUCCUGGAACUUCACACAUCAUCCGAUGGCAACGUAAGAUCGGCCAAGAUCCGGAUAGCCAAAAAAAGAUACUGUGUCAACUCGUGCUCACUUGUCAGUACCACUGUCAAUAAAGUUAACCAGCUGUCAUCUAUUGGACUAUCGACACCCCGAGUAAGGACCUUCUACGAGGGAACAAUACAACUGCGCCGUACGUACUUGUACCGCAUCGCCAUCAUGAAGCGUUCGUCAUCCUCGUUGCUGUCGCGCACGGCAAGCUCUAGCGUACAACCGCGUAGCCGCUCGCCACUUACGUCUACCUCUAGCGCAAGCACUUCAGCAUCAUCUAGCGAAUCAGUUGCGCAAUUGAUCGUCUUCGAAGCACAACGUCUACUAGCGCAUUGCGAAGACAAUUUGGAGGAGAGAGAUCCUGGACAUUUGCAAGAAGCAGCGCGAUUUGCGUUCUCGCGUACCCAGUGA